UUCUCUUUCCUCCAUCGCCCCUCCUUCAACCAGGUAAGCCCACCGGCUGGCCCCCCAAUGCUAGCGGAGGUUAUUCUGCUUGACGAAGCUGCAGGUGGCUGCUCUUCCUCCUGUGACCCGCUUGAAGAAGACCUGGCAGAUGAAGGGUUGUUUUAUGCUGUGACUCCCUUGCCAUGGUGCCCCCACCUUGACUCGGUGCUCCCUGUGCCUUCCCUUGGCUUGAAUGUGCUGGAGCCCUGUGCAGAAUGUGGCAGCGUGGCAGAGAAUUGGGUCUGUCUGAUUUGUUACAAGGUUUGCUGUGGCCGCUACAUUAAGCAACAUAUGGUAGCUCACAACUCAGAGUCUGGGCAUCCGCUGGUUCUUAGCUUUGCGGACCUCUCUGUCUGGUGCUACGGAUGCCAAGCCUAUGUCCACCACCCGAUUCUCUUUGAAGCCAAGAGCCAGGCUCACCGGCUAAAGUUUGGCAUGGACAUGGCAGUACCUUCCUAAAGCAACUCCCUUUGUAAGGAGCAGCUAAUACAGAAUGCAGCACAAUCUACCAUCGUUUGACCUCACUGAAUUGAACCUGAUGCUUCAAGGGCUCUUGAUGUGCCAAAUAGUAGUCAGCAAUCAUCAAUGCAAUACCAGCAGCAGCCACAAAUCAAACACCAGCAACCUCAUUGCUUCCACAAGGACAAAGAAUGUUCCUUUCUGGUGUAUUCCACGAUUGCGUCCAUUUCAAAUCAACCUUGGGGAUUACUUCACUUCCGGGCAGAGGUGACUUGCUUUCCCUGUUGCUGAAGAAGCGCAUGUUUUUCUUGGGAAGGUGGGGGCAGGCAUUUAUCUCUGCUCACAUUUCCGGAGUCUGAUUGCACAACACACCCAUUCCAUCCUGUCUCAAAUUGCCACAUAUUUUUUCCAAAUCACCCUCUCUCCUCCAUACUAAAGUUGCUAGGUUGGAGGGAAACCAUGCUGAACUGAGAAAGGAGGGAUGAUAAUAAUGAUGAUAAUUUAUUAUUUAUAUCCUGCCCAUCUGGCUAGGUUUCCUCAGCCACUCUAGAGAGAUGUAUUCCUCUUAUCUCCUCUCCCCUUUGCCCGCCCCCAUUAAUCAAGAACGUUUCUGUAACUAGUUGAGACAAAAGCAUGUUUUGGGCAAGCGGAAUCCUGUGGCUAGAAGAGGUUCAUCUCCAGAAGGCUUGAAAUAUAAACGGCUGGAGGUCCAAGUUCAUCUAAACUGAGUGACAUCCUGCAAUUAUAUACAGAUAUAUAUUUGAUGGGAGUCUUUGGUUUGCUUGUUCCAAGGUUCUACAGUAUUUGGUGCUGCAUGUAGCAGAGAACAUGCAAGAUGCUUGAGAGGAUGGCCUAAGGGGUCUUUCUCUCUAGAUUAUAGAGACAGGAGCAUGGGAUCUGAAAGGCUCUCGUCUGAUGCCGUGAAGGCUAUCUUAUCAUUCUUCUAAGGCCAGAUUCUCACAUUCUUCCCAUUCCUGCCCCAUCACUGUAUGUGGACUCAAAAUUGUGUGUGUGUGUGUGUGUGUGUUGCAUCUCAUCUGUGAAGGUGGGUGUGAAAUGGGGCCAUUUAAAACUCUGCUUUCAGCAUGCCAGAGCUACAUUAUUCGCACACUGUUUCCUGCAGUGUUUGGGCAUCCUGCAGUUCUGCUGCAAAAGGAGAAUGUGAGAAUUGGGUUACUGUGUUUGUGGGAAAUGUUUGCUGAGCGAUCGUCUUAAGCAAGGAGCAUGGCCAGUCCUUCCAAAGGGCAACCGAGAGCUGUACCCUGGGCAAUGAGCGGCAGGGGUGGGCAAAUG